AGAUUGAGGACUUCUAUCUUGGACGGCAAGCAAACAGGAAGGUGCUGCACGCAGACACGAUGAUGACAUCCUGCGACUCAAGGGCAACUCCGUCUUGGUACGCUAUUCAUGUCAGGUACACAGUGCUUCAGGAUAAGGAUCAAGGGACAUGAAGCUUGGCGGGAGACCUCGAAUAUCUUCCACGUUGAUGAGGGCUAGUCUUUCCGCAGGGUCAGAGUGAAGUCCAGCAUCUCGACUUCUGUACUGCUAACCUACUACAUCACGGUCGACACACCAAGAUCAUGGCUUCGGACGCGUUGGAAGGCCAAUGCCUUAUCCUGUUUGCUGUAACCAUGUUCUUUUGUAUUUUCUGUUUCGUGAUGGUCACGCUACGAUGCUUCACGAGAAUGUCAAUCAAGGGCUUUGGAUCUGACGACUGGCUUAUGCUGAUCGGCACGAUUUUCGGCGUCUUGACCUUUAUCACGGUUCUGUGCGGCUGCAAAGCAGGUCUGGGUCAGCGUGACUAUGAUUUGACAGAAGAAGACUACUCCAAGAUCAAGCGUGCUCUAAUGACCUUCCAAGUGCUCUACUGCGCCAGUCUCAUCUUCAUCAAAAGCAGUAUCUGUGUCGCUCUCAUCCGCCUCGUUAUCUCCCGACGCCUGCUAUACACGCUGUAUGCCAUCCUGGCUCUUAGCGCUAGUUACGGCUUUGUCGCGAUGAUGACAGUCUUAUUACAGUGCAGGCCAUUGAAAGCUACUUGGGACCCGUCGGCAGGCACAUGUUCGAAUCAAGGCGUCAUCGUCCGAAUCUCAUACUUUGUCACGGCGUGCUCGAUUACGACUGACUUUGCUUGCGCGGUCAUGCCGUUUGUCAUCCUCUGGAAUCUACAGAUGAGCAAGAGACUAAAGUUCACUGUCGCUGCCAUGCUGAGUCUCGGUUUUCUAGCGAGCGCUGCCACCAUUGUUCGCAUCAAGUAUCUGGACUCAUACUUUGCCACACAGGACCUUGCUUACAAAGUAUCGAACGUCGUUUUGUGGUCCAUCAUCGAGACCGGCAUCGCCAUUAUAGUCGGCUCCAUCCCGUCCCUCAAACCACUCGUCAAGUCCAUACCCUUCUUUGGCUCUCAUCGUUCCCGCCUCGAGACGAAAAGUCUUACUCGGCUUGACGACUUCCAAUCUUUCGCAAUGCGAUCUGCCGGUCCUCAAAAUCACAAGACACACAUAUCUGGUGCAAGUGCGAAGGAUCGUGACCCGGACGAAGAAGACAGCAUGAAAGACAGCCUGAUGAACGAUCCGGGCAUCAUACUCGUCCGCUCCGAGAUACAAGUUGAAGAGGGUUCGAGACCAAAUACUGGAUACAAGAGUUUCAAGAGUUUCACUUUCUGAUCUGGGCAUUCAUCAUGGUGUAGUGCACUGUAUGGAAGGACCGGACUUUUACGCAAUGGACUCGUUAGCUAGAUCUUCUGCUUCGAAUCCUCACCUUGGACACUCAUGAUGCACGAAAAAGAACAUCGUUUAAUCUUGCCAUGUUCUCCGGACAACUCUCAUUCAUACCAUGUCGCGCGCACAUGACCGAUCGAGCAUCACCUCUAAGCCAAAAGGGGAACAUC